AUGGCUUCCAACGACAACCCCGCCGCCACAAUCAACCAGGCCAUCCAGAACACAGUCCCCACCCAACUCGGACACAAGGUACCGCACAUCCCAGAGUCCAAGGACGAGGCCAAGGCAGAGGCAAAGGCAGCCGCCUCCGCAGGCCUCGCCCAGCUACGCUCCUUCGCUGCCGGUGGCUUCGGUGGUCUCUGCGCCGUCGUCGUCGGCCACCCCUUCGACCUUGUCAAGGUCCGCCUGCAGACCGCCGACAAGGGCGUCUACUCCAGCGCCGUUGAUGUAGUGCGCAAGAGCAUCGCAAGAGAUGGCCUGAGGAGAGGUCUUUACGCCGGUGUCAGCGCGCCCCUCGUCGGCGUCACCCCCAUGUUUGCCGUGUCCUUCUGGGGCUACGACCUAGGCAAGACCAUCGUCCGCAGCACCUCCGCCCCCUCGGCCGACGGCUCCCUCUCCAUCGCCCAGAUCUCCGCCGCCGGCUUCUUCUCCGCCAUCCCCAUGACCGCCAUCACCGCCCCCUUCGAGCGCGUCAAGGUCAUCCUGCAGGUCCAGGACCAGCGCCUCGCCCCCGGCGAGAAGCCGCGCUACUCGGGCGGCCUGGACGUCGUGCGCCAGCUGUACCGCGAGGGCGGUGUGCGCUCCGUCUUCCGCGGCAGCGCCGCCACCCUCGCCCGCGACGGGCCCGGCAGCGCCGCCUACUUCGCCGCCUACGAGUACAUCAAGCGCAAGCUGACGCCCAUCGACCCGGCCACCGGCAAGCCCAGCGGCCAGCUCAGCCUGACCGCCGUCACCUGCGCCGGCGCGGCCGCCGGCGUCGCCAUGUGGAUCCCCGUCUUCCCCGUCGACACCGUCAAGUCGCGCCUGCAGACCUCCGAGGGCAACGUCACCGUCGGCGGCAUCAUACGCGAGCUGUACGCAAAGGGUGGCGUCAGGUCCUUCUUUCCCGGCUUCGGGCCUGCAUUGGCGAGGGCCGUCCCCGCCAACGCCGCGACUUUCCUGGGUGUGGAGCUGGCGCACCAGGCCAUGAACAAGGCAUUUGGGUAA